AAGAUUUUUUUAACAUGGUGACUGUUGGUGACAGCCAAACUGGGAAGACGUCUUUAUUGUGCGCCUUAAAAGACGGAAAACUGUCACCUGACAAAGAAGUACCCGGCGUUUUUCAAACCUUCUCGCACAAGUUAAAGGUUGACGGCCACAAAGUCGAGCUGGGUCUUUGGGAUACCUCUGGCGAAGCGAAAUACGAUGGCCUCCGAAGGCUGGCGUAUCCGACCUGUCACGCAUUCAUCGUGUGUUACUCGGUGAACAGUCGGGAAAGCUUCGAGAAUGUAUCGAAGGUUUGGCUGCCGGAACUUCAAAGAUAUGGCCCUCCGAGUGCUCCUAUUGUUAUCGUGGGCACGAAACAAGAUUCGCGACCACGUGCUAGCCUAAUCCCAAACGGUUCUUCUGAUGGACUCACACAGCAGAAGUUUGUAAAUUACGAGGAAGGCAUGUGUUUAGCCGAUGAAUCGCGGGCGAAUGCUUUCGUGGAAUGUUCGGCUCUUUCCGAGAAUGGUGUUAACGGUGUUUUUGCAGAAGCAGUUAAAGCUGUUUUGAAAAAUAUUAAGGAUGAGAAGCAUAACAGUAGACGGAGAAGCAGCGGUGGGAUUCGUGGCUUACUUCCAGGACACUCAGCAAAAUAAAUAGACUAUAGUCGAUCUGACGCUUUUUCCAAUAGAGGGAACGACAAAGCAAAGGUAUUUUAUUAAAGUCAGAUGGUUUUAUUAACAAGCGAACAAGCGAACAAUAAAGAGGAAAAGUGAACUCUUAUAUAGAUUUCAAAGGACGAUAGAUUGGUAGAUUUCAAACUCAAGAUAUAUAGAGUUUUUGAUGGAUUUUUUCUUGAAAGACUGACAAUGAAGAUAUUAGGCGAUUUGGAAAAAGUUUCAAGAUGUAAAUAUACGGAUGUAAAAACAGGCCAGUGCUCAGUAGCGAAGCUAGCUGUCAUGUUAUGUUAGUAAACCUUCACAAGUCUGCAUGUUAAAGACAAUACAUUUCUACUGAAAUGUUUGAAUAUUAAUGCAAAUCAUUACUAUGAACAAUUUGCAUAGCAUGACCUGUUGCUAUGCCUAUGACUAGCCCGCCACUGAAACAGGCUCUGUGUAACUCAUAACAGUGUCCUUUCGAUUAAAAGAACUUACUCUUAAUUUUAUUUUGUACUAUAUAAUCAAGAAUAUUUAUAUAGGGGUAUUUAUAUGUUAGACUAUAGUACAACUUUUAUUAAACAAGCAGCUUCUUAAUUUGUGUAAAUCAGAUUCAUUGCUUCUGCCUUGUUCCAGUUACUCCAAUGCGCCACAUAUGCUAAUGAGCCUAAGGUAUUAUCAUUUCAUUCGUGAUUCGUUGGUCUGCAAGCAUUUGUCGUUAAUAUGAUAAUGAAUAUAACUUUAUCACAAG